UUAAUGCGCAGUAACGUUCAUUCACUCCAACCUUUCUGAAAAGUUGAGGAGUUUUUCGCAAUUCGCUGGUGAAGUUCAUGGGCUGGCUGUGGUUGAAAAAAACAUAAAGAGAGUCAUGAGUGGGAAUGUCGCCGAUUCAGCUGUCUCUCCGACUACCCCAGCUCAAACAAUUCCGGCAGAUCUUUCAGGACAAAUGUUAGAAUUAGAUGAAGACGAUGAUUUGGAAGUAUUCAGCAAGGAUACAACAAACACAGACGGAGGGUCUUUCAAUGCCUCCAUACAGACGUCGCCGGGCUCCAUGAUUAACCAGUACAAAUUUGACGAGGAGGAAGAGGAAGAGGACCCAGGUGCCAAAGACCUCUUCAUCACAGUGGACAACCCAGAGAGCCAUAUCACUACCAUUGAGACAUUCAUCACUUACAGGGUUGUCACCAAGACCACCCGCAGCGAGUUUGACUCCUCUGAGUAUGAGGUACGCCGGCGCUAUCAGGACUUCCUGUGGCUGAGAGGGCGUCUAGAGGAGGCCCACCCCACGCUGAUUGUGCAUCCCUUACCAGAGAAGUUUGUCAUGAAGGGGAUGGUGGAGAGGUUCAAUGACGACUUCAUCGAGACCCGCCGGAGGGCCCUCCACCGCUUCCUCAACCGCAUCGCCGAGCACCCUAUCCUCUCCUGCAACGAAGACUUAAAGGUCUUCCUUAGUGCUCAGGCCUGGGAACUGGCCUCUCACAAGAAGCAGGGCCCGGGCUUCCUCAGUCGGAUGGGGGAGACGGUCAGAGCGGUGGCAGCGUCAGUGCGCGGAGUGAAAAACCGGCCGGAAGAGUUCAACUCCAUCCAGGACUAUGUGGAGUCCUUCAGCCAGAAGAUGACCUCGCUGGACCGAAUCACUCAGAGGAUAGUCAAAGAGGAAAGGGAGUACCUGGAGGAGAUGAAGGAGUACGCCCCCACCUACACACUCUGGUCGGGCUCGGAAGAGGAGCUGGCUGAGCCCCUGAAGGGCGUGGCCAACUGUCUGGACAGGUGUUUCCAGGAGACGGAGGGACAGGUGCGCCAGCUCUCGGACUGCCUGGCCCCUACCCUGCACGAGUAUGUGCUGAGUACCGACACCUUAAAGGCCGUGCUCAGAAGACGAGACAACAUGCAGGCUGAGCUGGAAGCCAAGAACGAGGCGCUAGCCGCCAAGAGGGCUGACCGAGACGCGGACCCCAGAGAGCGCGGCGUUGUGUGGCAGAGCCUGCUCAGCAAAAACCCAGAGGAGGCCCGACAGCAGCGGCAGCAGAGGCUGACCGGGGAGAUCGGCGAGCUGAAGGAGGAGAUCGAUAAGCUGGAGGACCGCGUGGAGUGGGCCAACAACGCUCUGAAGGGGGACUGGAGUCGCUGGCAGAGGAGCAUGCGGAGCGACCUGAAGGACGCCUUCGUCUCCACCGCCCAGAAGAACGUCGACUACUACGAGAAGUGUCUCUCCGUGUGGGAGUCCUUCCUCGUGUCCAUGCGGGCUGAUGUCGGCGGAGUGGACCAGCAGGCCGGCGGCGACUCUUAACCACCUCCUGACGCCCCUCUGCCAUUUCUGUGGACCACCAAAGAAAAUGCCCCACCCUCCCCUACCCCUACCCCACCCCACCCCACCAACAACCACCAGUUUCAACCCCACGGCAAUCUCCCCUCCUUCCCACUGCCAUCACACUACCCUGUUUUUCCUCUCCUCUCUCCUGUUUUUUUAAUGGCCCACCAGCUCGUCACAGACAAUAACAAACCCGUGGAAAGAGAGCGCCCCCCGCUGUGCGCCUCCGGGGGGGGGAUCGAGCACGUAGCUCUCCCGGCGUUAGCCUUGGGGAGAACGAUGAGGAGGGGGGGGAAAAGAAGAAAAAAAAAAAAGACUAGAUCUGUGAUGAAUCCAUGACAACCUUCAUCUGAGCAACACAGGAGGGACGGGACUCUUGUUCGCCGCCUUUUUACUCUGCCGUGUGUGUGUGCGUGUGUGUUUGUGUGUGUGUGCGAGCGAGUGUUUGUGUGUGUGGAUUUUGAUACCAGACUCACAACACACGGUCAUGCCAAAUGUUUUAUACACUCUUUUUUUCCUCUCCUUCACCGCUCACUUGAUGAUAAGAAACUGUAGGAUUUUUAAUGAUCAUAUAAUAAAGGGUAACUAAAUGUAAAGAUAUUUGAUAAGGUUACUGAGAUUUUUUUGUUGAACUUAACUAUUAUUUAGCAUGUAUUGAAAAUGCCCUUUCUGUGGUUUACUGCAAAUAGAAGAUUUUCAAGAA